CAGCUGCCCCUUCACGCCGCCCGGGGGAGGAGGCGCAGCUGUCAGCUCCGCGGGGCCGCGCCGGUGGCGGCAGCGGCGGGAGGUGCUGGAGGAAGGCAGACAGGGCCAAGAGUAGCCCAGGAUGGCUGCAGCUUCAUAUGAUCAAUUGUUAAAGCAAGUUGAGGCAUUAAAGAUGGAGAACUCCAACCUUCGGCAAGAGCUAGAGGAUAACUCAAAUCACCUAACAAAACUGGAAACAGAGGCAUCUAAUAUGAAGGAGGUGCUGAAACAGCUGCAAGGAAGUAUUGAAGAUGAGGCAAUAGCGUCUUCUGGACAAAUUGACUUACUAGAACGACUUAAAGAACUUAACUUGGAAAGUACCAACUUCCCGGGAGUGAAGUUAAGGCCAAAGGUGUCCGUGCGUUCAUAUGGGAGCCGGGAAGGGUCUGUGUCAAGCCGCUCAGGAGAGUGCAGUCCUGUUCCCAUGGGAUCGUUUCCAAGAAGAGGAUUUAUGAAUGGAAGCAGAGAAAGCACUGGUUACUUAGAGGAGCUAGAAAAAGAGAGAUCUCUUUUGCUUGCGGAGCUUGAGAAGGAGGAGAAAGAAAAGGACUGGUAUUAUGCCCAGCUUCAGAACCUGACUAAAAGGAUUGAUAGUCUCCCCCUUACUGAAAAUUUCUCCUUGCAAACAGAUAUGACCAGAAGGCAGCUGGAGUAUGAGGCAAGGCAAAUCAGAGCUGCAAUGGAAGAACAACUAGGUACUUGUCAGGACAUGGAGAAGCGUGCACAGGCAAGGGUGGCGAGAAUUCAACAAAUAGAGAAGGACAUUCUCCGUAUACGACAGCUCCUGCAAUCACAAACAGCUGAAGCAAAGAGAACACCUCAGAGUAAGCAUGAUGCAGGUUCGCAUGAUGCAGAGAGGCAGAGUGAAGGUCAAGGAGCAGCAGAAAGCAACGUGGCAGCUAGCAGUGCUGGUCAGGGUUCUGCUGCUCGAAUGGACCAUGAGACAGCUGGUGUUAUGAGCUCUAGUAAUAAUUACUCUGUUCCUCGCAGACUGACAAGUCAUCUGGGUACCAAGGUGGAAAUGGUGUAUUCAUUGUUAUCAAUGCUUGGUACUCAUGAUAAAGAUGACAUGUCAAGAACAUUGCUAGCAAUGUCUAGCUCCCAAGACAGCUGCAUAGCCAUGCGUCAGUCUGGGUGUCUUCCUCUCCUCAUCCAGCUUUUACAUGGCAACGAUAAGGACUCUGUCUUGUUAGGAAACUCUCGUGGUAGUAAAGAGGCCCGUGCCAGAGCCAGUGCAGCACUGCAUAACAUCAUUCACUCCCAGCCUGAUGAUAAGCGAGGCAGGCGGGAAAUCCGUGUGCUUCACCUCUUGGAGCAGAUCCGUGCUUACUGUGAAACGUGUUGGGAAUGGCAGGAAGCACAUGAACAAGGCAUGGACCAAGACAAAAACCCAAUGCCUGCUGCAGUGGAUCAUCAGAUCUGUCCUGCAGUGUGUGUUUUGAUGAAGCUUUCAUUUGAUGAAGAACACAGGCACGCAAUGAAUGAGCUUGGAGGUUUGCAGGCCAUUGCCGAACUUCUGCAAGUGGACUGUGAAAUGUAUGGACUUACAAAUGAUCAUUAUAGUGUUACCUUAAGGAGGUAUGCUGGAAUGGCUCUGACAAACUUGACUUUCGGAGAUGUGGCAAACAAGGCUACAUUAUGUUCUAUGAAGGGCUGCAUGAGAGCUCUUGUAGCCCAACUGAAAUCUGAAAGUGAAGACCUACAGCAGGUCAUUGCAAGUGUGUUAAGGAACUUGUCCUGGCGGGCAGACGUAAACAGUAAAAAGACGCUAAGAGAAGUUGGAAGCGUAAAGGCAUUGAUGGAAUGUGCUUUAGAAGUUAAGAAGGAAUCCACUCUAAAAAGUGUUCUGAGUGCCUUAUGGAAUUUGUCAGCACACUGUACUGAGAACAAAGCUGAUAUAUGUGCAGUUGAUGGUGCUCUUGCAUUUCUAGUUGGCACACUGACAUACCGGAGCCAAACAAACACUUUAGCCAUCAUAGAAAGUGGAGGAGGAAUAUUAAGGAAUGUUUCUAGCUUAAUAGCUACUAAUGAGGACCAUAGGCAAAUCUUGCGAGAGAACAGCUGCUUGCAAACCUUGUUGCAACACUUGAAGUCACACAGUUUGACAAUAGUCAGUAAUGCAUGUGGGACUCUGUGGAAUCUUUCUGCACGAAAUGCAAAGGAUCAGGAGGCACUCUGGGACAUGGGAGCAGUCAGCAUGCUGAAAAACCUUAUUCAUUCAAAACACAAAAUGAUAGCCAUGGGUAGUGCUGCAGCUCUAAGAAACCUCAUGGCAAACAGGCCAGCAAAAUAUAAGGAUGCCAACAUUAUGUCUCCAGGGUCAAGCUUACCAUCUCUUCAUGUCAGAAAACAAAAGGCACUGGAAGCAGAAUUGGAUGCUCAGCAUUUAUCAGAGACUUUUGACAACAUUGAUAAUUUAAGCCCGAAAGCAUCUCACCGUAAUAAGCAGAGACAUAAGCAGAAUAUAUACAGUGAGUAUGUCUUGGACUCCGGUCGGCAGGAUGAUGGUGUAUGCAGAUCAGAGAGUUUUAAUGCUGGAAAUAUGACUGUACUUUCACCGUAUUUAAAUACUGCAGUAUUACCUGGCUCCUCUUCUUCCAGUAGAGGAAACACAGAAAAUUCUCGAUCUGAGAAAGACAGAAGUCUUGAUAGAGAUCGAGCAGUAGGUUUAAAUACCUAUCAUCCAGCUGCAGAGAAUACUGGGAACUCCUCUAAGAGAAUAGGAAUGCAGAUUGCCAAAGUCGUGGAAGAUGUUACAAGCGUGCAUGUUCCCCAAGAAGACAGAAGUUCUGGUUCCACUUCUGAGGUGCACUGUUUAACAGAAGACAGAAGUGCCCUGAGGAGAACAGCCACUGGCCAUACUCACACAAACACCUACUUUCCUAAAUCUGAGAAUUCGAACAGGACAUGUCCUGCGCCUUACGCAAAAAUGGAAUACAAGAGAGCUUCAAAUGAUAGCUUAAAUAGUGUCAGCAGCAGUGAUGGCUAUGGCAAAAGAGGCCAAAUGAAACCUUCCAUUGAAUCUUACUCCGAAGAUGAUGAAAGUAAAUUUUGUAGUUAUGGUCAAUACCCAGCUGACCUGGCACAUAAGAUUCAUAGUGCAAACCAUAUGGAUGACAAUGAUGGAGAGCUAGACACUCCUAUUAAUUAUAGUCUUAAGUACUCAGAUGAACAGUUGAAUUCUGGAAGGCAAAGUCCCUCUCAGAGUGAAAGAUGGGCAAGGCCUAAGCAUGUAGUAGAUGAUGAAAUGAAACAAAAUGAACAAAGGCAGUCAAGGAGCCAAAAUGCAGCCUACCCUGUGUUCACUGAAAGUGGAAAUGAUAAACACAUGAAAUAUCAGCCACCUUUUGGACAGCAAGAGUGUGUUUCUUCUUUUAGAUCAAGAGGGUCCAGUGGUUCAGAACAGAACAGAGUAGGCUCAGCUCUUGGAAUAAAUCAGAAAGUAAACCAGUCAUUGUGCCAGGUUGAUGAUUAUCAUGAUGAUAAGCCAACUAACUAUAGUGAACGCUACUCUGAGGAGGAACAACACGAAGAAGAAGAAAGACCAACUAAUUAUAGCAUGAAGUACAAUGAAGAGGAACAUCAUGCUGAUCAGCCUAUUGAUUAUAGUUUAAAAUACUCCACAGAAGUUCCUCCUUCUUCUCAGAAGCCAUCUUUUACUUUUCCAAAGCCUUCUGCAGUACAGAGCACUAAAACUGAACAUAUUUCCUCAACCAGUGGGAGCACACCAGCCCCUUCAGCUGGUUCAAAGAGACAGAAUCAGCUUCACCCAAACUCAGCACAGAGCAGAGGUGGUCAUGCGCAAAAGACUGCCUCCUGCAAAACUCCCUCUAUUAAUCAGGAAACUAUACAAACGUACUGUGUGGAAGAUACUCCAAUAUGUUUUUCAAGGUGUAGUUCUUUGUCAUCUUUGUCAUCAGCUGAAGAUGAAAUAGGGCGUGAUCAAUCUGCACGUGUGACAGAAUCUAAUAACACACUACAGAUAGCAGAACUAAAGGAAAACAGUGGGGCUUUGCCUACUGAAGGCGCAGCAAGUGAAAUCACAUCUACAACACAGCACAUCAGAACAAAAUCUAGUAGACUUCAGAAUUCUAGUUUGUCUCCUUCUGAUUCCUCCAGACAUAAAGCUGUGGAAUUUUCCUCAGGUGCCAAAUCUCCCUCCAAGAGUGGUGCGCAGACUCCUAAGAGCCCACCAGAACAUUACGUACAGGAAACACCCCUCAUGUUCAGCAGAUGUACUUCUGUAAGUUCCCUGGAUAGUUUUGAAAGCCGUUCAAUUGCUAGUUCAGUUCAAAGUGAACCUUGCAGUGGAAUGGUAAGUGGCAUUAUAAGUCCCAGUGACCUUCCAGACAGCCCUGGACAAACAAUGCCUCCCAGCAGAAGUAAAACACCACCCCCUGCUCAAGGAGUUCAAGCAAAAAGAGAUGUAGCUAAAGGUAAAGUACCUAGUGCAGAGAAGAGAGAGUCUGGCCCCAGGCAGGCAGCUGUAAAUGCAGCUGUUCAGAGAGUUCAGGUACUGCCAGAUGCUGAUACACUAUUACAUUUUGCCACAGAAAGCACACCAGAUGGAUUUUCUUGCUCUUCUAGCCUGAGUGCUCUGAGUCUUGAUGAACCAUUUAUACAGAAGGAUGUAGAGCUAAGAAUAAUGCCUCCGGUUCAUGAAAAUGAACACGGAAAUGAAGCAGAACCUGAACAGUCAGAUGAUGAAAAGAAUGACCAAGAGAAAAAAGCAGAGAAGCCUACUGAAGCAGAAAAAGACAUUCUGGAUGAUUCUGAUGAUGAUGAUGAUAUUGAAAUACUGGAAGCAUGUAUUAUUUCUGCAAUGCCAACAAAGUCUUCACGUAAAGCCAAAAAGCCUUCUCAACCACCUGCUCCAAAAAUACCUCCGCCUGUAGCCAGGAAGCCCAGCCAGUUGCCAGUUUACAAACUUCUGCCUUCACAAAGCAGAUUGCAAUCCCAAAAGCAUGUCAGUUUUACAUCAGCAGAUGAUAUGCCACGGGUAUAUUGUGUUGAGGGUACACCGAUAAAUUUUUCAACAGCUACAUCUCUGAGUGAUCUCACAAUAGAAUCGCCCCCAAGUGAGUUAGCCAAUGUAGAAAGUGUGGGUACAGGAGCACAGUCAGGGGAAUUUGAAAAGCGAGACACAAUUCCUACAGAAGGCAGAAGUACUGAUGAUGCUCAGAGAGCCAAAAGCUCAACUGUGACUCCCCCAGGUCUGGACGAUGACAAAACAGAAGAGGGUGAUAUUCUGGCUGAGUGCAUUAACUCAGCUAUGCCAAAAGGGAAAAGUCACAAACCAUUCAGGGUGAAGAAGAUAAUGGAUCAAAUUCAACAAGCAUCUUCAUCUCUAAAUAGUAAAAACCAACCAGAAGGUGAGAAAAAGAAGCCAACAUCACCAGUAAAGCCUGUUCCCCAAAAUAAUGAAUACAGAGCACGUAUAAGAAAAGCCACAGAGUCUAAAAGCAGUAUCAAUAAUGCAAGAAGCUACUCAGAGAACAGAGAUGCAAAGAAACAGAAUCUUAAAAAUAAUUCAAGAGAUUUUAAUGAAAAACUGCCAAACAAUGAAGAGCGUGUAAGAGGAACCUUUGCGUUUGAUUCCCCUCAUCACUACACACCUAUUGAGGGAACUCCUUACUGUUUUUCACGGAAUGAUUCCCUAAGUUCUUUAGAUUUCGACGACGAUGAUGUUGACCUUUCAAGGGAGAAAGCAGAAUUAAGGAAAGGAAAAGAGGCAAAGGACACAGAAGCUAAGGACAGCACUAAUCCUGAACAGUCUUCAAACCAGCAACCAAGUAACAGGACACAAGUUUGUCAGAAACAAUCAACAGGCAGAAGCCAGCCUAAAACUUUGUCUCAGUCAACUAAGGAUAUUCCAGACAGAGGAGCAGCACCUGAUGAGAAAAUGCAGAAUUUUGCUAUUGAAAACACACCUGUUUGUUUUUCUCGCAAUUCAUCUCUUAGUUCCCUAAGUGAUAUUGAUCAAGAAAACAAUAAUAACAAAGAAGGGGAACCUGCAAAACAUACUGAAGCUCCCGAUUCACAGGUGGAAUCAAACAGACCACAGACUUCUGGUUAUGCACCUAAAUCAUUUCAUGUAGAAGAUACUCCUGUAUGUUUCUCCAGAAACAGCUCUUUGAGUUCUCUUAGUAUUGACUCAGAAGAUGAUCUUUUGCAGGAAUGCAUUAGUUCUGCUAUGCCUAAAAACAAAAGGCCUUCAAGGAUAAAGAGUGAAAGUGAAAAAAAUAGUUCUAGAAAUACAGGUGGUAUAUUGGCAGAAGAUUUAACACUGGAUUUGAGAGAGAUCCAGAGGCCUGACUCAGAACAUGGUUUCUCCCCUGACUCAGAGAACUUUGAUUGGAAAGCUAUACAAGAAGGUGCAAAUUCUAUAGUUAGUAGCUUGCAUCAAGCUGCGGCUGCUGCGUCGCUGUCCAGACAAGCUUCAUCAGACUCUGAUUCUAUCCUUUCAUUAAAAUCUGGGAUUUCUUUAGGGUCACCAUUUCAUCUUACCCCAGACCAAGAAGAAAAACCUUUCACUAGUAAUAAAGGUCCAAGAAUUCUUAAGCCUGGAGAGAAGAGUACACUGGAGUCUAAAAAAGUAGAAUCUGAAAGCAGGGGAAUCAAAGGAGGGAAGAAAGUAUAUAAAAGUAUAAUUACAGGAAAAGCUCGCUCCAGUUCAGAAGUUUCAAGCCAGUUGAAGCAACCACAACAGACCAGCGUGCCUUCAAUUUCACGUGGUAGGACAAUGAUACAUAUUCCAGGAGUUCGAAAUAGUUCUUCAAGUACUAGUCCAGUUUCCAAAAAAGGCCCCCCACUCAAAAACACAAACUCCAAGAGUCCCAGUGAAGGCCAAAGUUUGACUAGUUCUCCAAGAGGAGCCAAGUCAUCAGUGAAACCUGAGCCAGCUCCUGUAACUAGGCAACCAUCAGGGUUGAACCAGAGUGGAUCAAGUAAAGGACCCUCUAGAUCAGGCUCUAGAGACUCUACUCCUUCUAGACCUCAACAGCAGCCAUUAAGUAGGCCUUUGCAGUCUCCUGGAAGAAACUCAAUUUCCCCAGGAAGAAAUGGUAUAAGUCCUCCCAACAAAUUGUCUCAGUUGCCAAGGACAUCCUCUCCCAGCACAGCUUCAACUAAAUCUUCAAGUUCUGGCAGAAUGUCAUAUACAUCACCAGGUAGGCAGAUGAGCCAGCAAAACCUUACAAAGCAAACAGCCUUACCUAAGAGUAGCAGUAGCAUUCCACGAAGUGAGUCUGCUUCAAAAGGGUUAAACCAAGCUCUCAGCAGUGGUGGAUCAAACAAAAAGACUGACCUAUCCAGAAUGUCAUCCACAAAAUCUAGUGGAAGUGAAUCUGAUAGAUCUGAGAGACCUGUCCUUGUUCGUCAGUCAACUUUUAUUAAAGAAGCUCCAAGCCCAACUCUAAGACGGAAAUUAGAAGAGUCAGCUUCAUUUGAAUCUCUGUCUCCUUCCAGGCCAGAUUCUCCCACAAGGUCUCAAUUACAGACCCCAGUUUUAAGUCCAUCUCUCCCUGAUAUGUCUUUAUCCACUCACGCAACUGCCCAGACUGGUGGUUGGCGAAAAUUACCCCCUAAUCUGAGCCCUUCUGUUGAAUAUGAUGGGAGACCAUCAAAACGUCAUGAUAUAGCUCGUUCCCAUUCUGAGAGUCCAUCUAGGUUGCUGAUCAAUAGAUCAGGAACAUGGAAGCGUGAGCACAGUAAGCAUUCCUCAUCGCUUCCUCGUGUAAGCACUUGGCGAAGAACUGGCAGUUCCUCCUCAAUUCUGUCAGCUUCUUCAGAAUCCAGUGAAAAGGCAAAAAGUGAAGAUGAAAAGCAACAUGGAAGUUCUCUUUCUGGACAGAAGCAAAGUAAAGAAAGCCAAGCACCAGCAAAAGGUACUUGGAGGAAAAUAAAAGAAAAUGAAAUUCCUCAGAUAAUGAGUGAUCCUCAACAUUCUUCCUCAGGUGCCACAAAUGGCUCUGAUUCCAAAACUCUCAUCUAUCAGAUGGCACCAGCUGUCUCUAAGACAGAGGAUGUGUGGGUAAGGAUAGAGGACUGCCCAAUUAACAAUCCUCGAUCUGGAAGGUCCCCAACUGGAAAUACUCCCCCUGUUAUUGACAGUGUUUCAGAGAAAGGGGCUGUGAAUGGUAAAGAUGCUAAAGAAAUUCAAGAGAAACAAACCACAGGGAAUGGAGGUGUUCCUGUUCGUACCACAGGUUUAGAAAACCGUCUGAACUCUUUCUUUCAGAUAGACAGUCCAGACAAGAAAGGCACUGAAACAAAGCCUCUGCAGAAUAAUCCUGUUCCUGCACCAGAAAAUAAUGAAAGUACUCUAAGUGAGCGUACACCAUUCAGUUCCAGUAGCUCAAGCAAACAUAGUUCCCCCAUUGGUGCUGUUGCUGCAAGAGUGACUCCCUUCAACUACAAUCCAAGCCGCAGGAAGAGCAGUGUAGACAAUAGUUCUGCUCGGCCAUCGCAGAUUCCAACACCAGUAAAUAACAGCACGAAGAAACGUGACUCCAAGUCUGAAAAUCCAGACUCCAGUGGAACUCAGAGUCCUAAACGUCACUCUGGCUCCUACCUGGUAACUUCUGUUUAAGUGCAACAACAAAUAAAUAAAACUGAUGUAUUAUAUACAGCAGCUACUCAGAAAAUUUUGUUUCAAAUGAAACUUUAAAACAUUGGGGAUUGAAUUUUUUUGUUGUUUUUAUUUGUUGUAAAUAGGUUUGAUUCUUGUUAGAGUGUCCUUGUUCUGGAAGCCAUAUUUGAUAGUAUACUUCAUCUUCACUGGUAAUACUUUGAAAGAAUACCUGAUUUACAGUCUGGAAUAAAAUUGCUAACACCAAGUAUAUUUGUAAAUUAUGUUUAACAUGUAUUUAAUUAGCAUCUCACCCCAUAAUCCUUUAAAUAUUGCUUGUUGUUGGAAUCAUGGAACACUGAAGAUAGAGGUUAUACAGUCACAUUGCUUUAUCAAUCAUUGCUAAAUUACAGACUGACUAAACUACAUCAGGGAAGAAUUGGUAUUAUUUAUGCAAAAAAGUACACUCAGUUUUAGUAUCUGUGAGUCCAUCUCUCCUAAUAAUCAGGUGGCUGUGAAAUUCACAGUAAUAUGGUUUCUGCUGAACAAGCUUUCCCAGCCUGCUUUUCUGCAUGAAUGGAACUGAUGGUUCAUUUUCUGAAGUAAUGAUUAACAUUUCUGUGGUCACAUAAUGUGCAUAGAUAGUUAUGGUGUAACAAUUUACACUUUUCUUUGUGCUCUGGAAAAAAAAAAAAAAAAAAAAAAAGCAAAACUGUGUAACUGUACAACCUUGAACAAAAUUAUUAUUAUUUUACCUGAAUUAGAUUUUAUCUUAAAGUAGGUAGAAUUUUUUUGCUAUGCUGUAACUUGUUGUAUAUUCUGGUAUUUGAGGUGCGAUGGCUGCUCUAUUAUUAAUGAGAUGUGGGGGAUGUCUCAACAGAGAUGAAAAAGAACAUUUCAGAAUAAAUUAUUACUAUAUGUAAACUGUGUGUGUUACUUCUGCAUUACAUAAAAAUACAGUAAUUUAUAUUCAGAUACCACUAUAUAAUGUGUUGUAUAAUGCACUUAAGGCCUGAUCCAGCAGAAUCUUGCACCUCCAAUAUUAGUUCUUAUCACUGAUAAAUGGCAAUUGUAGGAUGCUUAUAACAGUUGCAGGAUCAGGCCCUAGGUCUUCUGUAAUAUAUCUGUAAUUCAGACAGUUUCACACAUCUCAGGUCCAUAACAUGGCUAAAGGCAGGGUACUUCGGUAGCCGAGCACUAGAAUCGUUUUCAUGGUUGCAAGCCUGAAAUAAUAACUGUAUCGAUAAAAAUAAUUGUUGUAAAACAAAAGAUUUUUUUCAAUUGGGUGAAGUAAUGCAGAAUAUGAAAUGCUGACUACAAGAUGAAAUUCUAAUGCUACUUGAAAACUUUAUGCUUUUUUUUUUUAAUAUGUAUAUAUUAUGAAGGGGAGUAUGUUACAAGAAUCCUGUGGCAGCGAGAACUUUGUUAUAGUAGAAAAACAAUUUUUUUACACAAUCUAGGACAUUUGCUGCCUCAAACCUUCUUGGUGUGAAGAUGGUUUGUGCUAGAACAGUGUCCAAAAGACAGAUUUGUGCUUUAAAACUGUGAAAAGAAUAUCGUUUGUGAUGAGAAUUGGUUUAAAGCAGAAAGAACUGAAAGAACAGAACACUAACCAUUCUGUGCAUGAUUCAACAAACCAUGGAAUGGUAUGUCAGUCUUGUAGUAUCUGAACUGGUCUAUUGUAAAGUUAGCAUUCUUAGUAAUUGUUAUUCAGGAUUCAACACGGAUUUCAGGAAACCCCAAAAGAGAGCAAUUUACCUUUUUGGUUGCUUUAACACAGUUGCAGAGUAUAUCACAUCUGUGGCUUUUGUACUUCAUCUGAUACUGAAAUGAAUCAGUUUUUGUCUUGAAUUCACCAUAAGAUAUGCACUGUUUAUGAAUAGAAUUGAGGUGGAAUCAGCAGACAAGUCAGUUUAGGUAAAGUUAAAAGCCAGUGCCAAAAAUACCUGUUUGGCAGAAGUGGUAUCUUAUUUGCUCUUUCGUUGUUUGCUUCUUGUCAUUAGGGACGUAGCAUGUUUUUGUAUCACUUAGUGAAUCUGUUAACAGGCAGUGCCCUCACGUUAGCAUUUGAAGUAUUUUGCAUGUAUAUUUUCGCAAAACUUUUAGUAUGUGUAGUAGUGUCCUUUUAAAGAUGAAACAGAUCAUUUGUGUUCAAAGUCAGAACUUCCUAUUGGAUUAGAAUACAGAACUCUGUCCUGUAUCUUCUUAGAGAGAAGGUACAGGACCGCUUUUCUUACAAAUAAUGGGAUACUUUUUUUGUGCUGGGCUUUUGACUAGUAAUAUGAAGAUAUACUAUGUAAUCCAGGACAGUUUUUUAACACCAGCUUUUCAUCUAUGUCCUUUUUAUUUAAUAAUUUAAAGGUAAUCAAUAAAGAAAUCCUGACUGCAGUUUUGUAACUGAGGGAAUCAGAAGAUGAGGUGAAACAAUAAAUAAUUGUGUGUGGUAUCAAACACCAGAAUGUCUUUGAAAAUUGUAGUGGCUUCUCUAGUCUUGGAGGUACUUCAUGAUCAUUAUAAUUGGAAAGUUUUCCUUAAUAUACUCAAGUAACCUAUAUUUGUAGCAAAGACAGAUAAGAGAAACUUUCCAACUAUAAGGGUAGUGAUACACUAAAAUAUACUUCCCAUGGGAGUUGUUGAAUUUCCAUUAUAGAAGUUGUAAGAAAAGUUUUAUGAAACAUCUCAUAAGGAUGCAGUAUAGUAUAUUUCAAGUUGCCUGUGCACAGAGAUGGGCUUAGGUGAUCUUUUGAAAUACCUUCCAGAUCUGUUUCUGUGAUGCUUUAUCUAAAAUACUUAGGAUCCACUAAAAGCCUUUUAGAAUAUUUAAGGACAUGGUGAUAUAUGGAGUGAUGGGGAUACAAAGUUAUAUUCUAAGCUUAGCUAUAAAAACAGAUCCCAGAAAUAACAAAUGAAAAACAUCUGUAAUUAGUAUAUUUGGUCUUGAAUUUUCUUAAUGAUACCUAGAUUCAUGAUAGUCAGAUUUGAUUUAUGCUGCUAAAGAUUUAACGUUGUUCUUUCUCAUUUCUAUGAAGUUGCCACAGCAGGUAAGAGGACAUUAUAUCAAGGCAAAAGAAAGAAAAGCAGAGAGCUAAGGAAACUAAGAUGCAUUUUACUGUUCUUUUUGGAUGCACUACCUUUCUUUCUACAGGUUUUGGUAGAACUUCUUUGACUUAUGCUCAGACCUUUAGUUGUCUUUGAAUUAGGUUACCAUAUCCAAAACAUACCAAACUUGUACUAAAAAUCAGUUUAGACUGAAAAUACACUCAUAAAGCUUAUUCCAGACCAACUUAUAAGCUCUGUCCUCUUAAUGAAAAAAGCAGCAACAUGACCUUCCCAGAAACUGUAAUUAGUUCACUUCCUUAAGUGUACAUUCAUUUUAGUUUAAUUGCAGUGUGCCACAGUUAAGGUUAUUGCUCAAACUGUGAAAGCUCUUCUGACUAAAUAUUGCAAACUUUAAAGGGGAACCAGUCUACCUCUGUUUUUCAUGUGCGGUUCUUCAGAGUAUUUUCCCCUGAAAGCCUAAAGGCAAUACUCAAAACUUAAGAAUUGAAGGCCUUGCCAGGGUUUCCUGAUGAUUUUGAAAUACUGUUUCAAGGAGGAUUUGGUUGCAGAAUACGAGUAUAUUUUAUGCUAUAAACUUAAGUAAGCAACAGUAUUCUUUGACGUAGGCUAGUAUUUGAUAGUUCUAGGAAAAUAGUUGCUGUGUCUUAAGUAAAAGGUGAGGGAAAGAAAAGGGACAGUUUUGGAGAAUCUUUGCCAUAUUGUCCCAGGGAUGUACUUUCUUAUCUUCCAGUAAUUUGCACGAGAUACACAGGAGAGAACAUUUUAUCCACAAAUUAAUGUUUUAUUUUGAAAGUAUACCAGUAGAUCAUGAAACUGCAAAACUUUUGUUUUGAUAAUCUGACAACUGAAAUUUGAUUGUUGCUUUGGAGUCCUUGCUAACCAUCUGUGCCCCCAAACCCCGUAACAGAAAUUGAGAUUACCAGGAAGAGAAUGGUGUGUUAGCUUCUUCAUUCUUCUUAAAGACCCUAAUUAUUUGUAGAAUUGAAGAAGCAGCAUACACUGUUGAAGUUCUCCCUUCCAUGCUUCUGGCUGUGCAUCCUCUCUAUUGUCAGACCUUUCAGUGGUCAUCUGCUACUUAGCAGAACUGAUGGGGAAAGAAGGAUUAGUGCUGUAUCUUAGUAUGCUGAAUUUGCUCAGUGGAAGGUUGGAUAAGUGCCCGCUGAGCCAGCAGAAAAGCAAAUAAACAGCUAGGGCUGGUUGAAGGAAGUUUGGAUAGUUUCUUUGAUGGGCGGUCAGUGGGUUGGGUCAAGCCAUUACAGACUAUUUGAAGGUGAUGCGCCAAGUUUCAGACCUGUUCCUCAUCCUUUUUGAGACAGCAAAAGCAAGUUAAAAUUGGGGGUUUUGUACUCAGCUCUCUCUGAAGCUUCUGCCUACUGGCCCCUAGCAUUUUGCAUUUAAAUACAUUAUGUUCAGUUAAAUCCUUUAUCCCAGAAAUUAUAACUGACUUCACAAGUAUUACAUCCGUAUAGUUCGUGCCUUUGGAAAAGAAAUACAACUUAAUUGAAAAUACUGGAAGAAAAAUGUUUCUACCAUAUGUCAACUUCUACCUGACAAUUUUUAAAUGUAUAAUAUUAAAUUCAAUGCAGUAAAUCUUUCCAGUAAAAAAAGAUUUAUUGCAACUAGUUGCUUUCUGAAAGAGGCUUGAAGAGGGAGAGAAGUUCUCCCUUCCCUAAUGAAGAUAGUACUUUUUGUAGAGAUGAUCUGGAAAAUGUUUAGGUGGACUUCUACAAGCUUUUCUAGUCUCUUGUUACUAGAUGACUCCCAGACUGUCUUUUCUGAUCUAGCUUUCCUUAAAUAGUAUCAACAGGCACAAGAAUGAUGCUAAUAAUCACAUGCAGACUUCCACCUAAACAUACCUUUGUAUGUCUACUGUAAUGCCUUGCAAAGUCACAUCCACCUGUCUGACAGCUUUGUUCUUAAUGAGAUGUGUGAUUUGGAUGAAGCUGUGAAUUAGAAGUGUCAGUUUAAUAAGCAUGAUUUCCUCCACAUGCUUGAAACUUUGAGGCCCUUCUUAAUACCAAAUUACCCAAAUGUAUUCACUCUCUGGUUGCACAGCCAUCUCCUUUGCACUUUUACAUUUAAGCUGAAGAGAUGUCCACACUUCUUUUUUAAUUUCAAGUCACAUGUAGAAAUAUGAUAACUGCUUCAUAGUUAACUAUAUGCAGAAUAACACUGUAUUUGUAAAUGUAUUUCUAGAGGAUGUUAUGUAGUUAAGGUUGAGUUUUUAGUCGGAAUGGUAAAUUAACUGGUUAUGUGUUGUGCUUGGUUACAUAUUGGAAGUGCAGGGGACUUUGGUGUGGUGCAGAAGAGUUCAAGUGUUCUCAGCAGUAAUUAAUGUAGGUGUCAGUUUGUCAUGCCAAGAUGAAUAUAACGUAUGUAUUAAAUACGAAGGUCUUUUACUGUCAACUUCAGUUUACCAGAUGUGCUGUUUAUUUUAAAACUGGGUAAUGCCUCCCUAGCAUAGUUCUGCUAACUACCUUUCCUAGAUGAUUUCCACAUAGAUAUAUUUAUCCAUGUCAAUAUAUUUAUGAAUGUCUGCCACUUCAGGAUUUCAGGAAAUUACUGCAAUUUGGCUGCUUCUGAAAGCAUCCUUUGCUUGAGUGGCUGUAGGAUUGCAACUGUAGGAUAUCAGAAAGGUAUAGAGGGAGCUUGUUCACUCAGUAAAAUGCACUUCUGUCCAGACCUCAAGCCACAUAUACAAAUAGUCUGUCUAAUGCCCUACUUUUUUGUGGGAUUUAACAUGCAUCAAGCUUGUGCUGGUUCUCUACGAGUAAUUGAAUUGUCAUCCUCUAAAUGUCAGAUGCAUUUUCCCACUUGCAAAUGUUGUUUCUCUUGAAAAAACUCAGCCCACAUUUAUCUUUCCUUCAGUUUUGUUGUUUGCUUCUGCCUGAGCUGCAUUACUGUUUAUAUCCUAACUCUGUAAUUCUUCAACUAUUCUGAUGUAUUUUGUUUCACAUAUACUUACUCUGAAUUUAGUCUUGCUAUGCAUAAUUUAUUACUUGCAGUGUUAUAUAAAAUUUCCUUCUGAUUACA